GCAAUUUUUUCCCCUUUUUAAAGUGCUUACAUUCAUAAACACUGUUACGGCAACCUGAGAAAGGAGACGUGCGUUCUUGUAUCUCGUUCUUUAGUGGCGACAGAGGCUGAUGGAGCAGAAGUUGGGUUAUCGCGGGUUAUCAGUCGAUUUGUACGAACAUGCUCCGGUAGUUAAAAAUCCAUUGUUGUUCAAAUCAACAAAGCAGCGCCUCAGAUAUAUUUUGCUGAUAGGAGAUUUGAGUGCGGAGGUGCCGAUCGCGGUGAAAAAACCCCUCAACAAAAGCACCCGUAUCUAAGAUCUCUCAUAUACCCUUCGGGAUGUUUGUCUUUUGUACGUCGUUCAUUAAAUUCAUUCGCAUCGACUGCGGAAAUUACACCUGUAUCGGCAACCGCGAGGCCUUUCAUUUUAAGCUGGUGUUUCUGCGCGACAGGCGAUCGCACGGCGUGAUAGGAUCGACCCAACCCGAUCUGUUCGUUCAGCACAAAGUGAGACUGACAGAAGAACACGCAUAUUUCUUUGUUUUUAUUUUCGUUUUGCGUGUCAUUGUCUUCGCUGGACAUAUGCUAGCGGGGGUGGCUACCGGCGUCCGCCGCCAGAGCGUUGCGAAACGGCCAUCUGUCUGCAGUGUCUGUCAAUACACACAAUCCAAUAAGACGGGCAAUGUAAUUCACAGGAGGCCUUUCACACCUCUAGAGUCCAAAGGGAGCUCUGACACGCCGCAGGUUUGGAUGGUGUCACUAAGCCGCCGUUCAUCCUCGCUGAACGUGUGCGCGGCAUGAUAGCGGGUGUUUAGCACUCGUAAAACCAAUCCUAUUAUGUGGAUGUGUGUGUUGUUCCGAUUCGUUCUCAUUAUCGCUGCCUCUCUCACGCAUUACUUUCAUGUUCACCGUUACUUGGGUAAUUGUUUGCGAGUGUGUGUUGUUUCUAGGUCCGCUGGGACGGACUGGAAUUCCUCCCCGUUCGUGUUCCUCAACCUUUCGGCAGCUGUUUGGAUCCCUGGAGGAAGUUCACCUGUAACUCUUUUUAUACAGCAUCACGUGGAGCCCUGCAGCAUCUGCUCAGCCACUAAAAGAUAUAGUCCUGAUUCACCUCAAGCUGACUAUCUCCGAGCAGUUGAUCCAAUCAGAAAUGGCAGAGCAAUACAAGCAGUGUGGGAAGCGUUUCCAGCAGAACAUUCAAGGCCUUCUGGCCUUCUGCGUGUAGCAUGUGCGGUCACCGCCUGGCAGAACAUCCAUGCCCACACAAAGGAAAGAAACCCCUCCGUUGGCACCUGUGCUACCUGGCCUUCCGGUCUGGACAAACACAGCUGCUGCUUGUGCUGGGGACUGUCCACUACGCUGGCAAAAGCAUUAGGGCAGCUGUUCUCAAAUUGGCUUCUGAAGAUGGAGAUGCCUACAAACAUGUGCCAGUUGGUAUCCUCAAUCAAGAAAAUGAAGAUGUGGCUCUGCAGCCCCCGUCCCGCCUCCAUCCAUCCUCAGUGGGACUCAUCUUGGAGGGGAAUGGUGUAAUGAACAAUUUAAGCAACAUACCCCAGGCCAUGUGUCUUCUCUUUGGUUUAACUUAUGCACUGCACCUAGACUACCCAAAGUGCAUGGGCAACACCUUUCUUUUCAUUCAACACGUUUUGGUAGGUUUGGGUAAGAAGGAGUUGAAGGGCAUGAUUCUGGCAGUUAAAACUCAGCUUGCCAUGUAAACAGGUACAGUGAGUGCAUGUUUCUUCACGUCUGUUACAGAGUUGUUAGAUGAUAAUCUUAGCAGAUGUUCAUUAAACUUGUCUUUGUCAUGUUCCAUAUUAAUACAGUAUAAUAACAUACUGUGCUUGUUUAGUAUUUGCUG